GUCAGCACAGUACUUCGACAUUCACUGUCAAAUCACCAAAUAUGAAGUACUUUUUAGUGCUGGCCUUUGUGGCCUUCACAUUAGCCGACCCAAGAACAGCGAAGAAACCCUUGCAACCGGUGCCACCUCCACCACCGCCGGUAAUUGCAUUCCAAAAAAGCAACAAUUUGGUUCAUCAUGAUGAGGAAUUCAACCUGCCAGAUUUCAAUACCGAAAGGAUCUCCAAGCAAUUCCCAUAUGCUCCUCAACUUAUAUCUGCGCCAAUUGACACGCAAAAGAUAGAUCAAUCAGAUCUCAAUAGCGGAUUGUCACAGAAUAACGGUCCUCAACAACAAGUAAUCGUACCUCAUGCCGUGUAUGGAGUUCCUCAACUUAUUAAUCGAGCUAAGACCUUUGUACAACCUCCACCUCCACCACCACCAGAACGUCGGCUUGUCUCCGGACCACCACAGAUCCAGCGUGAUCCUCCACCAGCAAUACCGGCACCCAUCUACGGACCACCUCAAAAGAUUGCCAACUUGCCACCACCGCCAAAGAUAAGAGCGGAUCCUGCACCUCCUCCGCCAGUACCCGCACCAGUUUAUGGACCACCUGAACCUCAAGCACCACUUCCACCUCCACCUCCACCACCGGUACCCGUACCUAUUUACGGACCUCCUCCACCAAAACCUACACCGGUUUAUGGACCACCUGAACCUCAAGCACCGCCUCCGCCUCCACCUCCGCCUCCGCCGCCACCUCCACCUCCACCAGUACCCGUACCUGUUUACGGACCUCCUCCACCAAAACCUACACCGGUUUAUGGACCACCUGAACCUCAAGCACCGCCUCCGCCUCCACCUCCGCCUCCGCCGCCACCUCCACCUCCACCAGUACCCGUACCUGUUUACGGACCUCCUCCACCAAAACCUGACAUCCCAGAAGCACCCAAACUGCCUGAGCCUGUCUAUGCUCCUGAAGUCCCUGAGCUACCCCAGGCACCUGCACCAGUCUAUGGUCCUCCCGUUGUCCUUGCAGACAUCCCAGAAGCACCCAAACUGCCUGAGCCUGUCUAUGCUCCUGAAGUCCCUGAGCUACCCCAGGCACCUGCACCAGUCUAUGGUCCUCCCGUUGUCCUUGCAGACAUCCCAGAAGCACCCAAACUGCCUGAGCCUGUCUAUGCUCCUGAAGUCCCUGAGCUACCCCAGGCACCUGCACCAGUCUAUGGUCCUCCCGUUGUCCUUGCAGACAUCCCAGAAGCACCCAAACUGCCUGAGCCUGUCUAUGCUCCUGAAGUCCCUGAGCUACCCCAGGCACCUGCACCAGUCUAUGGUCCUCCCGUUGUCCUUGCAGACAUCCCAGAAGCACCCAAACUGCCUGAGCCUGUCUAUGCUCCUGAAGUCCCUGAGCUACCCCAGGCACCUGCACCAGUCUAUGGUCCUCCCGUUGUCCUUGCAGACAUCCCAGAAGCACCCAAACUGCCUGAGCCUGUCUAUGCUCCUGAAGUCCCUGAGCUACCCCAGGCACCUGCACCAGUCUAUGGUCCUCCCGUUGUCCUUGCAGACAUCCCAGAAGCACCCAAACUGCCUGAGCCUGUCUAUGCUCCUGAAGUCCCUGAGCUACCGCAAGCACCUGCGCCAGUCUAUGGUCCUCCCGUUGUUCUUGCUGAUAUCCCAGAAGCACCCAAACUGCCUGAGCCUGUCUAUGCUCCUGAAGUCCCUGAGCUACCCCAGGCACCUGCACCAGUCUAUGGUCCUCCCGUUGUCCUUGCAGACAUCCCAGAAGCACCCAAACUGCCUGAGCCUGUCUAUGCUCCUGAAAUCCGUGAACUACCCCAAGCACCUGCACCAGUCUAUAGUUCUCCCGUUGUUCUUGCUGAUAUCCCUGAACCACCCGAACUACCUCAACCAAUCUACGCCUUAGAAAUCCCUGAACCCGUAUAUGCUCCUGAGAUUCGCGAGGCACCCAAACAGCCUGAACCUAUCUAUGGACCUCCCGUUCCUCUUCCCCAGAUCCCUGCUGCACCCAAACUUCAGGAAUCCGCUUACGCUCCAGAAAUUCUUGCACCUUUGCCCCAGAUCCCUGCUGCACCUAAACUUCAGGAAUCCGCUUACGCUCCAGAAAUCCAAGCCCCAGUCUUUGAUUCCCCAUCUGUAGUAAAAACACACAAACCCAUUCUUGCUGAUAUUCCUCUUCCACCUCUACUCCGUUCCACACCAUACUAAAAAUGGAUUUAUGAUUAGGAUAAAAUAUGAAUAAUAUUUUAAUGUAGAUAUGACGUGAAUGUCUUGAUACUCAAGGCCCUUUUAAAUGUUUUCAAUUUCAUAUACAACACCUUCUAACUCAAUAAA